CCGCGACUCGCCCGCGCUCGCCAGGGUCAACUCCGACUCGCCCAAGCUGUCCUUCAGCCCCCUCAGGAUCAAGGACCCCAGCAUCGACGAGGAGGACCUGGACCUGGACUCGAAGUCGUCGUGCUCGGCGUCGGCGCUGGCGUCCGGCGACCCGCCCGGCGUCGGCUCCGUCAUCCGCGGCAUCCUGCCCAAGCUGAGCGUCGUGCGCAGCGACGCCUCCGACCCGGGCGGCCACUACCAGCCCUGCACCUGCCAGCACUGCGCCCUGUCCGCACGCGACCCGCACCGCCUGGGCCCCGCGGGCGUCCCGCACUCGCCCAUCUCACCGCUCACGCCCUCCUCCCCGCACACGCCCAUUUCGCCUUCGCCAGGACACAACGUAGAGCACUACUUCCCGCCCACCGUCUACCUGCCCGACCUGUACCGGCGCCGCUCGCACUCGGACUCGGACCUGCAGCUGUGGUUCGACCAGAAGGCGCGCUCCAGCGAGGUGCCCGCCAGCAGCGGCGGCCAGACGUCGGCCGGGCCCUCGGGCGAGCAGCAGCCUUCCGCCACGCGCGGCUCCGUCCUGCGCCACGGCCGCCCCAUCCCGCAGCCGCUCUACCUGCCCCGCAAGGGCGGCUCGCUCGAGUCCGACAACUCCACGCCGCAGGACUCGCCGCUCGACCUGUCCGUCAAGACGGCCGGCAGCGUGAAGACGGGCAGCACCUCCAGCACGGAUAGUCUAGUCUUGCCGGGCUCGGUUCCCCUGUCGUCGCCGCACUCGCCCCACCUGGCGGCGCCCAAGGACAUCACCCCGCCCCCCAGGUCGCCCGGGGCGCCCGACCACCGCCAGACCUCGGCCUCGUCCCUGCCGGUGCCCGUGGUCAAGGGCGACGUGGCCUCCUACAGCACCAAGGACAGCGUGGCGCUCCGCUACCACCUCGAGGUGUCCCCCGUGGUGGAGGAGAUGCCCCCGGGGGCGGACGUGGCCUUCGUGUGCCCCGUGUGCGGCCAGAUGUUCUCGCUGCACGACCGCCUGGCCAAGCACAUGGCGUCGCGCCACAAGAGCAAGCAGGUGGACAGCACCAGCAAGACGUACAUGUGCGACGUGUGCAAGCGCUCGUUCGCGCGCUCCGACAUGCUCACGCGCCACAUGCGGCUGCACACCGGCCACAAGCCGUACACCUGCCGCGUGUGCGGACAGGUGUUCUCGCGCUCCGACCACCUCUCCACGCACCAGCGGACGCACACGGGCGAGAAGCCCUACAAGUGUCCGCAGUGUCCGUACGCCGCCUGCCGCCGCGACAUGAUCACGCGCCACAUGCGGACGCACGCGCGCUACGAGCUGCACGAGUCGUCGUCCAUGGAGGAGGGCGGCGAGGUGGCGCGCCCCAGCCUGCCCGUGCGGUCGCUCUCGGAGGAGCACCCGGCGCCCUCGCCGCUGCUCGACCUGCCCGGCCUGUCCGCGCCGCCCAAACACACGCCCCAGGGCUCGCCCGGGCCCCACGCUGCCAGCGGCGGCGGCGGGGCGCAGAAGCAGGCCCUGGGCGGCCCUCCGGGCAUCGCGGGCGUGGGCAUGGGCGGGCCGGGCAUGUCGGGGCACCUGCCGCCGCAGCUGCAGCGACCCCGGAAGCAGGAGGAGGACUGAAGGAGGCCAGCGACUCUCGUCUGGUUCAUGUUUUUGCCUCGUUGAGGUUUGUCUCUGGUUGGAGGUCGUCCCUCCUUGGCAGGGAGGCCGCCGGUGGCCAGAGGCGCGCCCAGCCUCUCGGCGUUGUUUGUGUGGCGGAGGCGGCCCGCCGUGCCCCGUGCCGCCGUGCCGUCGUGCCCGCUGCGGCCGUGGCCAGCCCGGCGCCUGGCGCGACCUGGGCCUGGUCUGUCCCUGUCUGUCUGUCUCUCCGGCUGCCCGGUUCGGUCUGCCCGGCCGCAGCCCCCCUCCGCACCCGCCGGCGCGACCGUCGCGGGCGGGCUGCGGCC